AUGCAUGCGGCAGCGGUGGCAGCAGAUGUGAUAUUGCUCCUCAGCAUGGGGUGGACAUCAGACUCUCUCUGCUCACCCACCAUUUUUUACAGAGACUGCUGGAUCCGUCGCUUCCCGGGGCUUCUGAUCAAUCUGGAGGAGUCUCAGAAGCUGGGAGCCCAGUUCUUGAAGUAUUAUUCUGAAAGCACUGGCCAGAAGUGCAGUAGGAGCUGCUGUCUUAGGAAGGAUGUUUCCUGUAACUUGGCUGUCUUCUUCCACGAUCCUAUUCACGACAAUGUCAACUGCCUCCAUGUUCACUGCCCGACGCUGGAGAGCUGCAUAUUAGAACCCGGAACCAGUGCCAUUUUGUACAACCUAACAGACGGUAUGGAUCCAGAUUUGCUGGUUUUUGGACAAUCACCUUCUACGUACCUAAAUACCCGCUCUUCAUCUGAUAGGUGGGACAGACUAAGGAUUCUAAAAGCUAUGAAUUUAGAUAAACAACAAACCACCGUGAUAAACCCCAUGAUGCCGUCAGUAGAGGCUCCAUCAUCAACCACGCAUCAAGAUUUGAUUGUAAAUACAAACAAUACCAGUUAUUCCAAGGAGUUAACCACAGAUUUUUGGACAAGAUUCACUUCCCUGAAUGACUCCGUUACCACAAAGGUAAAUAUGGUAUCGCCAAGUACUGAUUUCAUGAACAAUCCAGAUAACAAGACUAUUUCUCCUUUCUUUGUGCCCAUAGGCACAAAACUUUUUCAUAAGCCUAUCCCAUCCCAACUGAACAGUAGCAAACAGUUACUGAACAAAACCAAGGGGUACGACAGCAGAAACCACACGUCUGCGAAGGGAGACGAGACACCUGAUGGGGCACCUGUGACUGCAAAGGCCUGGCUCGUUCCGGCGGCCCUUUGUACCUCUAUCAUCUUGCUUUGCUGUUAUAUGGCCAUCCUUGCUUCUGGAUGCUGUCAAAAGCAGCAGGGCCAAUAUAAGCUAGGACAGAGAAAGUCAGGAUCCAGGCAAAUUAAAAAGUGUAACACUCUGAAGCAGAACUCUUAA